ACAACAACAAUCAUUUUAAUGCACACUUCAAGAAAAUCACGAAAAUUAACACACCAACUAUCCUACUAAGAUUUACGAAAAAAUGUACACGUUUGUUAAAAUCACCGACUUCUUCACCAUCCUAUUCUUUCUAGGCAUUGCAAACGUCGCAGCCGCCUCAAACACAUCUGAAUUAUAUUUGCUUGAGACGGCUCGAGCUGCAGUGGUUGAAGCCAGAACUAGGGUUGGGUUAAUGGCAACGGUAGAGGCAACAAAUGAAGUUGCAAGCGGUUAUUAUUAUUCGGGGUUAAGUGACUGUGAGAAGCUCUACGAUGAGAGUGAGGCUAGACUAUCGAAACUGGUCGUGGCUCAUGAGAAUUUUACCGUUGAAGAUGUUAGAACAUGGCUAAGCGGAGUGCUCGCGAACCAUCACACAUGUUUAGACGGUUUGGAUCAGUCACGUCAAGGUCACAAGCCUUUGGUCCAUAAUAACGUCACAUUCGUGCUCCGCCAAGCUUUGGCUUUCUACAAAAAAUCUAAAGGUCAUAUUAAAAAAAGGAUGCAUGGACCAGCGACACCGAACCAUAGACCAACGAGACCACACCAUGGACCGACAAUAGCACACCAUGGAUCUGCGAGACCAUACCAUGGACCAGCGAGACCAAACCAGAGCGGAGGAAUGUUAGUGUCAUGGAAUCCGAUAAGGUCAAGGGCGGACUUCGUGGUGGCUAAGGACGGUUCGGCGACUCAUCGGUCGGUGAACCAGGCAUUAGCCGCCGUUUCAAGAAUGGGUAAAAGCCGGUCGCAUAGAGUGGUAAUUUACAUAAAAGCUGGUGUGUAUAACGAAAAAAUCGAGAUAGAUAGAGAAAUGAAGAAUAUCAUGCUAGUUGGUGAUGGUAUGGACCGUACAAUCAUCACCAAUAGCCGAAAUGUCCCGGAUGGUUCCACGACUUAUGGAUCUGCCACGUUUGGAGUGUCCGGGGAUGGAUUUUGGGCACGGGACAUGACGUUUGAGAACACGGCAGGACCACAAAAACAUCAAGCUGUGGCGUUGAGAGUCAGCUCGGAUUUGUCUUUAUUCUAUCGAUGUAGUUUCAAAGGAUAUCAAGACACUCUUUUCACGCACUCGCUCCGACAAUUCUACCGCGAUUGCCAUAUUUAUGGUACGAUUGAUUUCAUAUUUGGAGAUGCGGUAGCUGUUUUCCAAAACUGUGAUAUAUUUGUGAGACGGCCUAUGGAUCACCAAGGCAAUAUGAUCACAGCUCAAGGAAGAGACAACCCACAUGAAAAUACAGGUAUUUCGAUCCAACACUCAAGGGUCAGGGCGGCACCAGAAUUCGAGGCGGUUAAAGGCCGGUUUAAGAGCUACUUGGGGAGGCCGUGGAAGAAAUACUCUCGGACAGUGUUUCUCAAGACAGAGAUCGACGGUUUGAUUGACCCGAGAGGGUGGAGAGAAUGGAGAGGCGAUUUCGCUCUGUCGACGUUGUAUUACGGCGAGUUUAUGAACACCGGAAGCGGAGCAGGGACUAGUAGAAGGGUGAAUUGGCCGGGAUUUCACCUCCUUCACGGCGAGGAAGAGGCUUCUCCGUUCACUGUCAGCCGAUUUAUACAAGGAGAUUCUUGGAUCCCUAUCACCGGUGUGCCGUUUUCCGCCGGGGUUUGACUUUUGAGUUGUUCUUGAGUGAUUUAAGAUAAUAUCAACGUGAACACAUACAUUUUAGAGAAUACUUAUGUUUUUCUUAUUAUUGUUAAUCUGAGCAAGUAAUCACAUAGACUACAUUGUCUUU